GACAGAUAGAGGAAGAAAUAGCUAGAGAGAGAGCGAGAGAGAGAGAGAGACAGACAGUAAGAGAGAGAGAGUAGGGAAGUGAGUUAGACAGACAGUGACUGCAGAAAGGAACUGGAGUGUCAGAUAUAGAGAGGGAAAGAGAAGAGAAAUUGACGAGCUGAGAGCGACGGAGGUGGUGGUGGCCCAAUGAGGUUUGGAGUAUGUUUUAAUGGUUAAUCCUUGAGAACGGAAGUCUUGUACCAGUCACAGGUGGGGAACCAUGCCGAGUAGUUGUAUUGUGAAAGGUUGCAAGAGUGUCCAGAAGAAAAACCAGGCGAUCCAUUUUUACCGGUUGCCGUGGAAUGACCGUCCACUGUUGCGAAAGUGGGUGGAAAGAGCCGGCUACAACCUCAAUGAUCCCAGCGACGUGGAGAGAAUUAGUAAAGAGAGCAGCAGGGUGUGUAGUCUUCAUUUCAAGAACAAUGUUCGGAUGGGAAAAAAAGAUUUGCCUCGGAUCAACCUACUCGUGUAUGAACAAAAUAUACUCCAAGAAGCUGCUCAGUCAUUACUGGAACUUUCCGGAGCAACUUCAGUGUAUAGUACUGUCCAAGGUCCUUCAGACAGCAACAACAAUAUAUCACCCACCAGAAUGGGGCCAUGUCCACAGAAUCCCGGUAAUAAUCAGCUCAAUCAGGCUACAACUUUAGCAACAGUUGCAACCCCAGAACAAACUGUUGCAAUGGUUGUUCCAGCUGCAACUCAAUACCAGAGUGAAACGGUGAUCACCUACACACCUGACACAGUGGUCACCUAUUCUCCCAUGCCAGAGAGUGCUGUUGCGUACACCUCUGAGUCAGUGGCCACAAAUGGACCAAGCAAUAUAACUUAUGAACCUGAUGCUGUUGUCAUGUACGCCCCUGACUGUGAAAGUUAAUGUCAUUUGAAACCUUUACCUUGGUUUACUGCUAGAUUCUACUGCUGGUUAAAUUGGUAUUCAAUAACAAAUUUAGUGAAACUUACCUUCCCAUAGAAAAAGAAAACCCAUCAUUUAAGGAUUCUACAUUCUGAAUUCUCCCUCCCUUCUCCUCCCAAUUUAUUUACCUACCGUCUUCUACCUGGUUGUAUAUUAAAAAUCUCCAUUAAAAUAGAUUCCAUUUAGAUUUUUAAAUAGUUACGAAAUUUAAACUCGUCUAAAAACAAAAAACAAAAAAAACUUUGUGAGAAUUACAGAUAUACAUGGUUUUGAAACAGAAUUUUUUUUUUUUUAAUUUAAAAAAAAAAGUCUUUUCAUGUCUUCCUUUCUUCAAUAUCGAUUAUUUUCUAAUAAAAUAUCCAGGGUCUACUCCAACCCAUUUGAUCCAUUUUUAACAGCAAACAAAAUUAUUGACUUAAUAUUGACUUAAUGGUUUUUAGGUCAAUAAUUUUUGUAAAAAAAAUCUUUAGAAUCUCUAAUUUUUCUUUAUUUCUUCUAGAUAAUUGAUAAA